AGUGGCAUCAUCAACCCCAUCCUGCACCCAAAGCCAGCACACGCGAGACAGUCGACUCCCGGUUGCCACUCCGAGCGGGGGUGGUCUCGGUGACCUUGUUGGGUGAAAGUGAAGCGGAAUUAUAACAAAUAACCGCAAUAGCACUGAAUGCAUCCAUUAAAAGAGGCUACCAUGCUCCUUGGUGUGUUGUGUGUUAUAACCGGCAUCGGUGUAGCAGAGGCGACGGUGGACCUCACGCGGGAAUCACAAGACUGCGAGGUCCUCCAGCUUCCCCUCGGCCACCCUAUGAAGGUCUUCGCGGAGACGCUCCAGGUGGCCGUGUUCCUCCUCGACGGCAGCAUGACCGCCGCCGCCGCCGCCAUCAGCGACGCCGCCGGACACAAGUGCAUCAUCCACAUCCAGACGGACGCCGAGAACGAGACCCUCGCCGACGUCAACAUCACGUGUUCGAACAACUCCACGGCGUCGUCGCGAAUCGCCAACGCCUUCCGCCCGGAGAAGUGGACGGAGCUCUUCAUCAGCGUGGAGGACAAAACUCAGCACGACCGCCUGAACGACACCGACGGCGACGACUCCUACGACAUCCUGGUCAUGGUCCGCAGGGAGAAAGAACGAGACUUUUUCCUCAAGAUCUUUCCGAGCGGUCUCAAGCCCCCGCUGAGGAUGCGCUGGCUCAGUCACAACAACAUGAGCCUCGUGUUCAACUGCGGAAAGGGCGAAGGUUGCCAGCUGCACAACGCCGCCUCCACCACGGGCGUGGCGGAGCUCGUUCUCUACUUCCAGCCCGCUUCCUCGCCCGCAGCUAUGGACAUCGAGGUCAACCUCACGCCCAGCGAGACCCUCACCAUCCCGCUGCGUCAGGAGCUUCCCAACACGAAGGGCUGGAAGGCCGUCCAGCUGACCAGGGACAGGAAUGCGAUCAACGUGUGGGUUGACAACCAGAAGGUGAAGCGCGUGUACACCAGAGUCACCUUCCCCGACAACGACAUCUUGGACGUGAACCUGAAGGGCUCCGGCCAGAUGAUGACCUGGUGUGACCCACGACCUGCCGCGGAGAGCACGGGAGUCCCCACGAGCGCCCUGACGUCCACCGCCCUCUUCGACUUCCUGCCGUGGAUCCUCGCCGCCGUCUUCCUGCUGGUCUCGGUCGUCGUCACGGUGUUCCUCAUCCGCAGCAGGAGGUCUCUCUCCAGGACCAAGAGGGCGCUGCGGGCCCAGGAAUCCCCCGCGACUCCUUCGGAUAGCUCGAUCGUCCAGAUGCCUCACGACCUGCAGCUCCUUCCGAGUACGUCGUCGUCCAUGAGGUCCUUCGGCGCCCCCUCUCGCGUCAGGAACUCCGACCGGCUCUCGCAACUCAGCUACGACAACCCGAUGCCACACGUCAUGCACAGGGACUGAUUCGGGCCCCGUCCUCCCUUGCUCAGUCACUCUUUCUUCUUAUUUUUGGCCUCUUUCCCCUGCCGUCUCCUUUUCCUCCAUUUAUUUUGCUCUUCCUCCUUUUUAGCUUCUUUGAAGAAAUGUGGAUGUAAUGAUA